AUGUCUGUCCUCCUCGAGACCAGCAAGGGUGACAUUGUGAUUGACCUUUUGGUAGACUAUGCACCAAAGCUGUGCGAAAACUUCCUUAAACUCUGCAAGAUCAAAUACUACAACUACGCGCCCGUCCACUCUAUCCAAAAAUCGUUCUCCUUCCAGACCGGCGACCCGCUUGGUCCUCUCUCGAAGCUGUCCGAUGGCGGCUCCAGCAUCUGGGGCGUGCUCUCGGGCGACCCGGCGCGCCGCACCUUCCCAGCGCUGUUCCACCCGAAGCUGAAGCAUAUCGAGCGUGGCACCGUCGGCAUGGCCACCGUGGCGCACCCCACCGAUCCGGACGUGCGGCUGGCGGCGUCGCAGUUUAUCGUGAGCCUCGGCGACGACACGGACUUUCUGGACGGCAAGUCGGCCAUCUUUGGGCGCGUCGUCGAGGGCUUUGACGUGCUCGAGAGCAUCAACAAGGCCAUUGUCGACGACAACGGCUACCCGCUCGUCGACAUCCGCAUCAAGCACACGGCCAUCCUCGACGACCCCUACCCAGACCCGGCCGGCCUCGUGGAGCCGCCCUCGUCGCCGCCGCCGUCGCGCGCGCAGCUGGACACGGCGCGCCUGGGCGAGGAGGACCAGCAGACCAUGGACGACGACCCGGGCGCCGACUCGGAAGACAAAGCGGCGGCGGCCGAAAAGACACGCCGCGAGCGCGAGGCGCGCGCCCAGGCGCUGACGCUCGAGAUGAUGGGCGACCUGCCGUUUGCCGAGGUCAAGCCGCCCGAGAACGUGCUGUUCGUCUGCAAGCUCAACCCGGUCACGCAGGACGCCGACCUCGAGCUCAUCUUUAGUCGGUUCGGCACGAUCCUCUCGUGCGAGGUCAUCCGCGACCGCAAGACGGGCGACAGCCUGCAGUACGCGUUUAUCGAGUUCGAGGACAAGGCCGCCUGCGAGGCGGCGUACUUUAAGAUGCAGGACGUGCUGAUUGACGACCGCCGCAUCCACAUUGACUUUAGCCAGAGCGUCAGCAAGCUCAGCGACGCGUGGCGCAGCGACACCAACGCCAAGCGCCAGAAGCAGGCGCGCGGGCGCGGCGGCGGCGGCGGCUGGGGCGGUGUGCGCGAGCUGGAAAAGUGGCGCAAGUACCGCAACGAAGACGACGACGAUGCUGGCGGGCCGUCGUCGUACGGCAUGGUGCACAGCGACGAGGAGAUCCGAGGCCGCCAUGCGCAGGCGUUUGCAAAGGAGGCGGCCGCGAACAAAUCGGAGGACAGGUACAAUGGCUACGGCGACCAAAUACGAGACUACGGUGGAGAUCGCCGCGGCGGCAGACGCGACGACAGGGAUAGAGAUCGCAACUACGACAAGGACAGAGAACGUGGCCGUGGCCUAGGGCGGGACAAUGAGAGACACGAGAGACGAGACGGCAGUCGGAGCAGACGCGAUGACCGUUACAGACAGGACCGUUACAGACACGACAAGCCCCGGUCCGAUGCCCGCAGUCGGAGUCCAAGGCGGGGGCAAGGGCGAGACCGCGAAUGGGGCCGGGAUGAAGGCCGAGACAGGGAUAGAGACAGGGACAGAGACAGGGACAGAGACAGGGACAGAGACCGAGACAGAGACCGGGAUAGAGACCGCCGUCGUCGGUAG